AUGAUGAACAGAGCAACUAAAGAUCUGUCUGGUGGUUGGCGAAUGCGUGUCAGCUUGGCUAGAGCUUUGUUUUUAGAACCAACACUUUUAUUAUUGGAUGAACCGACAAAUCAUUUAGACUUAAACGCAGUUAUAUGGUUGGACAACUAUCUUCAGAAAUGGAAAAAAACACUUUUGAUCGUUUCGCAUGACCAGUCAUUCUUAGAUAAUGUGUGUACAGAUAUUAUUCAUUUAGACCAGCGUCAGUUAUUUUAUUAUAGGGGGAAUUAUCUUAACUUCAAAGGUAUGUUACUUCAGAGGAGAAAAGAACAACAAAAGGAGUAUGAGAAACAAGAAAGACGCCUCAAGGAAUUAAAACAAUCUGGAAUGAGUAAUAAACAGGCACAAGCAAAAAAUCAACGAGAUGUACUCACACGAAAACAAGCGAAAAAUAAGGUCGCUUUAAAUGAUGAUAAUAGUAGUGGAAAACCUCAACUGCUCAGUAAACCAAAGGAGUAUGUGGUUAAGUUCACAUUCCCAAAUCCAUCGCCUAUUUCACCACCAAUUCUUGGUUUAUACAGUGUUACAUUUGCUUAUCCAAAUCAAAAACCAUUAUUUAAAGAUUUAAAUUUUGGUAUAGAUAUGACAUCAAGAAUUUCUAUAGUCGGUCCAAAUGGUGUUGGCAAAUCAACUUUUUUAAAAUUACUUACAGGUGAAGUACAACCAACUGAAGGAGAACGUCGAUUAAAUCAUCGAGUAAAAAUUGGCAAAUAUGAUCAACAUUCAGCAGAUCAGUUAAAUUUAAGUGAAACACCAACUGAAUAUUUACAACGUUUGUUUAAUUUAACCUAUCAAGAUGCUCGUGCAACAUUAGAUUUAUCUGGUGGUCAACGUGCUCGUGUUGCUUUUGCUGAGUUAUCACGUCGUGCACCAGAUGUUUUAAUAUUGGAUGAACCGACAAAUAACUUGGAUAUUGAAUCGAUUGACGCUUUAGCUGAUGCUAUCAAUGAAUUUGAAGGAGGUGUUAUUGUUGUCAGCCAUGAUGAACGUCUUAUACGUGAUACAAAUUGUAUUCUAUGGGUGAUUGAAGAUCUUGGUAUCAAUGAAAUCGAUGGAGACUUUGAUGAUUAUCGUCGUGAAAUUUUAGACUCUCUUGGUGAAGAGAUAUUGAAUCCAAGCAAAGUAGCUGCCGAUGCUGGAUGUCUGUCAUGA